AUGGACCCCACAAAUGACCCAAAUUUCAUGCCUCCGUCAAAGAACAAGAACAUUGAGCCAACAGCACCACUGCAUGCAAUACCGCACAAUGUCCCAAUCCAACCUUUCGUAAUGGAAGAUCUAGGUGAAGCGUUAGAUGAUCCAGCGCCACACCCAGCCUCCUCAGCAAAACCAUCAGUAAUUCGACUCAAAUCGUACGAAAGCGGCGGUGAAUCUGAAUCAAGAUACCAUUCCAAGAUUCCUCGCAAACAUACUGAGUUGACGAAUUCCUCGUCUGAUGAAGAGGAGAUCAUUAUUGAUGUUGCUGAACCCCAAGAAAAAAGUCGAAAGGAAAUUCUACCACCUUCUAUUCAAGUACGUUCUUCCCAGAUUGCCGACUUGGAAGAAGUACCACAUGGUAUACAAAGACAAGCUACGGAAUUGAAUGAUUAUGAAUUCCCCACCCAUAGAUUGGGCACAACUUUGACCGAUGAAUCAAAAGCACCAUUAGUAAUUGUGGCUUGCGGAAGUUACUCGCCCAUAACUUACUUGCAUUUAAGAAUGUUUGAAAUGGCAUUGGAUGCUGUAAUUGAACAGACCAGAUUUGAAGUCAUUGGUGGGUAUUACAGUCCGGUAUCGUCGAAUUACAAGAAACAGGGGCUAGCUCCUGCACAUCACAGGGUGAGAAUGUGUGAAUUGGCCUGUGAGCGAACCUCGUCGUGGCUUAUGGUCGACGCAUGGGAAUCAUUACAACCAAAGUAUACUAGAACUGCACUAGUCUUGGACCACUUCAAUGAAGAAAUAAACAUUAAACGAGGAGGAAUUAUGACAAAGUCAGGCAAGAGAAGAGGAGUCAAAAUCAUGCUCUUGGCGGGUGGAGAUUUGAUCGAGUCAAUGGGAGAGCCGGAUGUUUGGGCUGACCAGGAUUUACAUCACAUACUUGGGAAAUACGGAUGCUUGAUCGUAGAACGGACAGGCUCCGACGUGAGAAGCUUUCUUCUAAGUCACGACAUUAUGUAUGAACAUCGGAAAAACAUUUUGGUGAUUAAGCAAUUGAUUUACAAUGAUAUCUCAUCAACGAAAAUACGAUUGUUCAUAAGGAGAGGCAUGUCUGUGCAAUAUUUGCUACCAAAUUCCGUGAUAAGAUACAUUCAACAACACAAUCUUUAUGGCGAUUCAGAGCCAGUUAAACAAGUAAUGUCAGAACGUGCAGAUUGA